AUGGAAUAUAAAGAAGACUUUAACUUACAGCCACGAUCAAGGAUAUCCACUACUCCAGAUUUAUCACAAUUUAUUGAUGAUUACGUGAAAAUAGAAGAAAUACUCGAUUUUAAGCUAUGUGAUUUUGAAAAUCUUUGUGCUCAAACAUUCAGUAUGUUUCAAGAAUCAGGAACUGCUGCACGCAUGUACUUAGACGAAAUAACAACUCUUUUGAAAAAUUGGCGUUCCAAAAUAAUUGAGAAUCGAAUUAAUGUUAAGAUAUUUAUAAAAUGCUUUGAAUAUCACUACAUUGGUGAUGUAAUGUAUUCAUUUAUUAAUCCAGAUCUUUCUACAUUAUAUCCUGCAUCAAUUUUUUCGAAUUUUGAUAUAUAUACUGCUAUUUUAUCUGGAAUACAUUUUCUUAAUAUAAUUUCGUACUUUGAUUUAGAUCAGUUUAAAUCUUUUCUGGAAGGCGGACAAGUUUUCGAAAUUUUAUAUAAAUUAUUCAUUAACGAUGAAUUCAACUAUGAUAAAACAGUCUCUGGCGAGAUCUUAGCCACAAUGAUCAAUAUAUCUCCGAUAGAGGCCAAAUUUCCUGAUCCAUUUCCGAAUUUCCAAGAAUGUUUUGAAUCAGUUUCUGAGUUACUACGAGUAUUUUGCAAGAAUGGACUUCCUUACUGCUUUCUAAUUAGACUUUUAUACAAUGUUUCAGAAAUAUUGCCUUUUGUUUUUGAUUUAGAGACCUUACAAUACAUUAGGAUAACAAUUGGGCAGUUGAUGGACGAAGAUGACUUUUAUUUUGCCCUUAGAUUUGCUUUUAACCUUGUGAAAGAAAAUCCAAAAUUAUCUCCUUUCUUUUUUGAUUUUCUAGGGCGAUACUACCAUGAUAUUCUUGAUUUCCAGUUAGAUACGAUAUCACAUGCCUUUAGAUUACUUAAUCUUUUCGUAAUUGAGUUGCCUGAUCAAAUUGUCUUGCAAAUUUUUGAUUUAUUUGAAGAUAUUAAUAGUGUCUUCGAAAGGAUAUUCUCAUCUUCGGCUACUGCUCAUCAAGGUUUGAUAUUCUUUUCUGAAAUUUCUUCAAGAACUGUUAAUGGUGAGCUUCUUUUAAUGAAAUUCUUGCAUGAUAUGGAUAUAACCAUUGAAAACAUAUGCUCCAAUGUAUUGGAAGCAUCAGAACUGAUAUCAAUAUAUGGGAAAUCAGAAGUUGUUACUUUUUUCUCUGCUCUUCUUGAGAAUUAUAAUGGUGCAAAUGCUCUCUGUGUUGAAUAUCUUGAUCCAGGACUACUGUCUGAGAUAAUGCAGCGAGGAGAGGACUAUUUAUGUUUGAGAUCUUUGAAAUUAUUAUAUGCUAUGAUAAAUUAUGUCAAUGCGCAGGGAUCUGAGAAUAUAAAUCACUAUAUUGAUGUGAUGAAUGAUUGCGACAUCCCAGAACAAGUUGAAUCAUUGAUUGACAGCGAAAAUGAAGAAAUAAGUUUCAUGGCAACGGCAAUAACAGAAAGAGUACAGAGUAUUUUAGAGAGAAAUGAAAGUAAUUGA